CGUCGAUCGAGUUUAACGGAUGGCAAGCGAAAUGGGCACUAACUAGUGAUUUCAAGUGUUUAAAGUGAUUUUUGUGGUUUGCUUCGAAGAAUUAUUGUAUUUCCCACUCUGCAUUGAUUUAGCAAAACUCCAAACGAUCAAGGUGAAGCCGAUCGAACCAUGAGGAGCACCAACGGGGUGAAUAAUCCCAGCUAUGUUCGAGAUCCGACCGAAGGUGCGGAGCCCAGGGCUGGGCGCCGCAGUCGUGUUAAAAUCUCCCAAGUCAUCGUCACUCGGCCCCAUUACCAGCUGGAGGAUUUAAAUAGUGCAUUCAACUACUUCAAACCCAAAACAAACUUCUUCCAAGAGGCACUGGAGAGCAUGCGGGAAGUGGACACCAAGUCUUGCCUUUCGGGGCUUUUCCCCAUUUUCAAAUGGCUCCCAGAGUACUCCUUUCCAAGCGACUUCGUCGGGGAUCUGAUCAGUGGAUUGACGGUCGGGGUCAUGCACAUUCCGCAAGGGAUGGGCUAUGCACUGCUGGCCAACAUGCCCCCCAUCACCGGUAUCUACACGGCUUUUUUCCCAGUUUUAAUUUACUUUCUAUUCGGCUCCUCGCGACAUAAUUCGAUGGGCACACUGGCAGUCGUAUCGAUCAUGACGGGAAAAGUGGUAUACAAUCAUUCCGGCGAAGGUUCAAACUACUCCAAUCUGGAAGUCGGUACAGCUUUAUGUUUUCUUGUCGGUUUAAUACAGCUUGUGAUGUGUCUUCUUAGAAUGGGUGUUGCUUCGUUUCUUUUAUCGGAAGCGUUAGUAUCUGGAUUCACUACCGGGGCAGCGGUGUACGUAUUCACCUCCCAGAUGAAGGACAUUCUAGGAGUUACCCUACCACCGUUAGGUAGUAGGUUUGAAAUUGCCUACACUUACUGGGAACUGGGAAAGAAGAUUCCUGAAGCGAAUCUAAUGAACGUUGCCAUUUCAGUGUGCGCUAUCAUUAUACUUCUGAUCAAUAACGAAAUCAUUAAGCCGCGCCUUGCCAAGGUAUGCAUCAUUCCGAUACCGAUUCAGCUGAUCCUGGUAGUCUCCGGUACGCUGCUGUCCAUCCAAUUGAACCUGAAAGAUAACUUUGGAAUGAAGGUUGUUGGAACAAUACCUCAAGGACUUCCAGCUCCCAAGCUGCCCAACUUUGACAUCCUGCCGGAAAUUCUUAUGGAAAGCAUCACGGUUGCCGUGGUUGGUUACACCGUAUCGGUUUCUCUUGGAAUCAUUUUCGCCAAAAAGGAAAACUAUGAAAUUGGCUUCAACCAGGAGCUGCUGGCGCUCGGGGCUGGCAAUUUGUUCGGAUCCUUCUUCUCGUGCUAUCCCUUCGCCGCUUCGCUAUCCCGUGCGGCUAUUCAGUAUCUGGCUGGUGGUAAAACGCAAAUCACCGGGCUGGUAUCGUGUAGCUUGCUGGCGGUAGUGCUGCUGUAUGUCGCUUCCUUCUUUCAACCCUUGCCUCGUUGCAUUCUGGCCAGCAUUAUCGCCGUAUCGGUGCAAGGUUUGCUGAUGCAGGCCAAAGACUUGCCAAUGUUCUGGCGUCAGGGUUUUUUCGAUGGUGUCACCUGGUUGCUGACCUUCGUUUCGGUCGUGUUCAUUUCGAUCGAUAUCGGGCUGCUCGUCGGCUUUGCGCUUAGUAUUUCCAGUAUCUUCGUACGUGCCCUCAAACCCUACAUGUGCCAGAUGGGCAAUGUGGCCAAUUCGGAUGUCUACCUGGACCUCAAUCGAUACCAAGGGCUCAUGGAACAUCGUGGUAUCAAAAUCGUACACUAUGCCGGUGGUCUUCAUUUCGCUUCCCGUGCCACAUUCAAAAACACGGUUUGCCAGUUUCUCGGCAUCAACCUGACGGAGGAGAUCAAGCGGCAGAAGGAUCCGGAGUUUUGUCGGCCAGACAAUGCGAUUCACUUUUUGAUCCUUGAUUUCACCGCAAUGAGCUACAUCGAUCCGUCCGCCAUUUCCACGUUCAAACAGUUCGCAAAGGAGCUCGAAUCGAUCGGCAUACAAACUUUGCUGGCCGGCUGUUCGCCGUUGGUGUUUGAGAAAAUGAAAAAGUGUGGUUUCCUCGGGGGCGAAGAACAUUACGUUCGAACGUAUCCGACCAUACACGACGCCGUGCACUAUGGCCAGAAGCAACUUCGAUUGCGUGCUGCCAGUGCAACACCAACGAUCCAAGAAGUGCGGUUGUAAUGGAGUCUUGCCGGUGCCGCUGAACAAUCUGAUAACGACGGAACGAACAAUAUCUUGUUAAUGAUGGCACGAUUGUUGCCAAUGUUAUAUAAUGUUUCUAAGCUCAAGAAAUAAAUAGUAGAAAUC